GCGUUGAUUGUUUAAACCCGAUUAUCGUUUCAUAAACGUCUCCGACAGGCUCAGCGGUAAAUAUUUGUCAUAACCAGCGGUAUCUGUCUGUUUGAUCUUAAUUAGCAAUUCUGUUUGCGUGGCGUGAACACAGUUCGCUCGAGUAGGUAGACUUCGACACGGUGUUGUCAAAGAAAGACACAAAAUGGAAAUCAAAGAAGUAAUGGAAACUCUAGAGGAGCUUGUAACGUGUCAUCUUUGUUCAAAUGUCAUAAGGAAUCCUAAAAUUACGCCUUGUCUUCACACUUUUUGUUGUGAGUGUCUCAAAGAUGUUGCUAGAAGUCGGCCAUACCAGACCACAAUCGCGUGCCCACUUUGCCAGUAUGAUAUCCGCAAACCGGAGGGAAACAAGUUCGAGUCGCUUCCAACAAAUUUUUACAUUAAGCGUCUUCUUGACCUGCUCAUCGCUAAAAGACGCAGUUAUCCUGAAGCAUCCUGCGGCAACUGCCAGAAGAAGUUGACACUCAGCGCCUUCUGUUUCGCGUGUGACACAUUUAUGUGCGAUGAAUGCCUCAAUGCACAUAACGUUAUUACGCGAAGUACCGGCCAUCGAACCGUGAACUUGGGAAAAUUCAAGCCGCGAGACUACGAAGACAUGCUACGGCGUCCGAUGCUGUGCGCCCAUAAGUUCAAAGAGAAAGGAGUUGUGGAGUAUUUUUGUUAUGAUUGUGACGCUUCUGUAUGUCACAUAUGCAAUAUCGCCAUUCAACACACGCAUCGUAUUGUUGACCUUCACGAGGCCGCCAGCGAGCAGAAGCUGAAGUUUCGAGAAAUGAGUACUAAACUUAAGGAGAAGAUACGAUUGGUGGAACUUGGUGUACAUAAUGUUGAACACCGCUCGAUGGAGGUACAGGAGCAGGUUGAUUACUUGAAGAAGGACGUGACAGAGAAAAUGGAUGAACUUGUGUCCAUUAUACGUGCCCACCAGGAGGAAAUGAUCCAGACACUGGAAAGUAUUCGUAAGGACAAAUUGGAAAACUUAACGUUCCAGCUGAAACUUUUCGAGUCAAUGAUGUCACAGACCGAAGGUUCUUUCGACUUCAUCGAAGAUUUGCUUCAGAGGAAUAUCAGCGAGGAAAUUAUGUACAUCAAGAAUCACGUAAAGUCACGCGUGGAGGAAAUCACGAGUCUCGAAGUGGGUACCAAUCCAGCUGAAAAUGAACACAUUGGCUACGUACCCAACACGGAAAUGUUCGAAGGGCUCCAAAACUCAAAGCUGGGCAAAGUUGUUACUAGUCUCACGGAACCUUCCUUGUCCACUGCUGAAGGAGACGGCGUGGAUGAAGUGUCAGCAGGAGAGGAAGCAGAGUUUAUAGUGACAACCAGAAAUGCACAGGGUGAAGUCAGCUACAGCGAAAUCGACCACGUGGUAGUGGAAGUGAAGUCGUCGAUGUGGGGCCUCAUAGAAAGCAGAGUACGAAAUUAUCGAAAUGGCACCUACGAUGUCAGCUACAUACCACGUGUUCCAGGACCUCAUCGUGUGCAAGUCGAGGUCGGUGGCCAUCUCAUCCAGGAUAGCCCCUUCAUGAUAGAAGUCAAGCCGCCCAUACUAAGCCCGUUAAAGUCCUUUGGAUCUCAUGGAAACGUCGAUGGAAAAUUUACUCAACCACACGGAGUAGCUGUUUCAAAUAGCGGGCAGAUUAUCGUCUCUGACAGUUUGAAGCAUCGGAUCCACGUAUUUACACCGGACGGCGGGCAGAUCCUCGAGUUCGGCAGUGAGGGAACAAAAGAUGGCAAGUUGUUCCACCCGAUGUCAAUAGCGCUCGACAAGAGUCAAAAGUACGUGUUAGUGGCAGACAGUGACAACAACAGAGUGCAGUAUUUUGACUUGAAGACUGGAAAGUUUGUGAAAAAGUUCGGUUCCGAGGGAAGUGGCCAUGGGCAGUUCAACGGCCCUUGCGGCAUAUCAGUUGAUCAGAAGGACCGUGUCAUCGUCACUGAUUGGAACAAUCACCGAGUGCAAGUGUUUAGCUCCGACGGCAAAUUCCUCUUCAAAUUUGGGGACGCAGGCAACGACAGACUAAUUCAUCCCAGAUUUGCCAUGUACCAUGACAAGGAGGAACGCUUCGUAGUCGCUGAUACUGGUAACGAUGUAGUUAAAGUUUACGACCAAAAUGGCGAUCUUUUAAGAAUUAUAGGUAGGCAUGGCCAUAAGAAAGGGGAAUUUUGUGGUCCCCGUGGCCUUGCCAUUGAUAAAAAUCAAAACAUAAUUGUAUGCGAUUUCGAAAACCAUCGUCUACAACUUUUCAAUAUCAAGGGGGUCGUUCUCAAUAGUUUUGGCACGAACGGGAAGGGGAUCGGUCAGUUUGCUUUUCCAUUAAGUGUUUCAGUGGUUGGCGGAUCGCGGGUUGUUGUGAGUGACUGGGGUAACAAUCGCAUACAAAUAUUCAAAUAUAGAGAUUCCACGCACUAAAAGUGAUAGUCUAGUCACUGCAUUCAAGGUUCUGGAUCCUCGUGUUGUAGGAAAUUGCGAUAUUUUCAAUUCAUUCUAAAUUUGUAUUCGAUCUGAACUUAAGAAUUACAAGAGCAGGAAGUGCAGUUGAAGCUUUACGACGUAUGAUAAACAGCAAUGAUUGCUUUGCAACAAUGAACGAUCUCUGAUCGGCUUGUCAAAUUGGCACGAAUUUCAUCUUUUUAAUCCGAGUUUGGGUGUUAAUGUUUUUUGGCAGUUUUCGUCCUGAGAUUUUUCUGCGGCUUUUAGCCCUUCGAUAUUUAAAUAACCUACAUUCGAGAAUAUAUCACUAAAUGAUAAAGCUUAUCAAUUGGUUUGAGGGUUGAAAUGUUUUAGGCUCUAUUAUGACAUGUAAAUAUAUUAUUUCGGAAAUUGGGCGGUAACUGGUAAUGGUGUAAAAUUAGACACUACAAUUAUAGUAAUAGAUUAAUCACUCUCCUUUGCCGGGAUUAGUUUUACAUCUCUGAUCCAUUUUGUCUAGACUGAAUUAAACAAGCUGCGAGGGCUUAACAUUUUAAGGCAAUUAAGUUAUUCAGCCUCAUUGAUAUAUAACACCAGGUCUUAACACUUUCACUUCCGGAAGAGCCAAAAAUGCAAUUUCUCCGCACAAUAUCAAUGUAUUUUCGAGAAAAAAUAUUAGCUAAGAAACGUUUCCUGAUUAAACACUAUAUUCUCAUAACUCAAUUAUAAGAAAUGUUUGGCAGGGAAUUAACCCUUUGUACCCUUACAUCAGUAUCCAAAUUCUCCAUACUCGUCUCCACACAUUUUCUUUGGCACGGACGAGGAGAAUUUGUUUAACAAUUAAAGCUUCUUAGGGUUGGCGAUCAUUUCCUUUCUUAUAAUGACAUUAAUGAAUGAUUCAGCAGUAUUACUGUAAGGAGAAAUUAGAUCCUGGUCACUCUUAGGGUUUAAAGGGGUAAGGGUUACAUAUUGGGGGUAAAAGCAAUUUUUUUUGCCAUUUUUCGAGGCGAGCAAACUACCUUUCACCAAGGAGAACGGCUGAAAAUAUUCGUUUGCAAAGACAGGGUUUACACAGCGAAAGGUAAUGAUAAACUUAAAAAUUAACAAACAUGACCAUGGGUAGAGAAGAUUAGAACGAACUUUAAAAUUUGGACUCUUUUAGAAAACAAGAAACCUUGAUUAACCCUGUUAUGAUCUUUAUUAAUGACUUCUUAUUAGAGGCAUCUAUUUCAUAGUGUUUUUCAAGGUUUUUUUUUCAACAUUCCUCAUUAUUUUUCCGACGUAACAGAAACAAGGGUGGUAUCGCAGGGCACCAGUAGUGCAUCCCCCACCCCACGACUUUUUACUCCUUUCUCUUCUCUCUCGAAAGGAAAGGGGACUGCACAGGGCAACCAUCAUGGAAUGGUGAAAGGUAAAGCUGUGAAACCUGCCAUUCAAUUUUCCUUUGUACUGAAGUGUUUAUCAAGUCGGAGGAACAUUAAUGUUGUAGAAAAUGUUUUUUUCAAAAUCACCACAUAGAUGUACUUUAAAAUUUUAGAGUAAAUGGGAUGCCAAUAAAAAAAGUGUA